UGCUCGGCAACCGUAAUGCAUGGCAGAUGAAACCAUUGUUAGCCGAGCUUGCGAGGCUUUUGUUUCCAAAAGGUUGGGGACAGGCGCUGCGCUGCAGUUUGGUCAUCUAGUUUGAAGGGAACCCUCAUAACAAAAGUAGCCUGGUUAACAUACGCUCUUUCAAGCCUCCCGACACUGUCUUAAUUCUGCACGAAACGCUUUGCUACGUAGACCCGGUCAGUUGCGUCUCGCGGGUUGACAAGGCUGCUCGGUAGAUGCCUAUUUUAUUUUAAUUAUGCAAGCGAAACGGUGGUUUACCGGCGAUAGGCACAGGAGCAGGAGGCGUCCUGUGAGCCCGAUUUGUCCUAAUGAUCGUGACACUUGUUCCAAAUUCCAAAUAUGCGGGCUAUAGGCACCGCACCAGAUACUCCUAUCUCUUGGCCAUUGAAACGUUCACCUCCCAAUACAUACGUAACCAAUCCACUUUAUGGUCGGUUUCCUCAACACACAUCUGGGGUCUCCCUAUUUUUCUGUGAUCGCAAACCGCAUAGCUGUUUCCCUUAGCUAAAGCAGCUUCCACCUCAAUCACUCCAUGUAGUGAACUCAACUUGCUGGGACUUCGAUUUCGGGGGAAAUAUCGAUGCGGUCAACGUUUCGGGGUGCUGCCCGUCUGGCCAGUUACCGUUGAUCGCAGAAUUCUUAUCGAUCGUUUUCACAGGAAAAUACUAGCUGUGAGCGUUCUUGAAACGGGUGGAUUUCCUGUAAGGGAUAUCUUGUAUGUUACUGAAUAGCUAUAAACACACUUCUUCUG